UGGGGGGGAAUGCGGCGUCAGUGUACCGCGAACCACCGACGAGUUCGCGUCGCGUCGCUGGACGUCGUCGUCUCGUUUCGUCCGUUUGUUCAUUCAUCGAUCGCUCGAUGUUCACCGGUUCCUUGUUAAGGACACGGAUAAUCCGCUGUUGAUCAACGUCCGAUGCUCUUAUCAGACGGUUAUUAGAGCGAGAGAUAGAGACAUAGAGAUAGGGAGAGGGAGAAAGAGAUGCGAUCGUUCCCAGGCGACCAAAGGUUUUCCAUCGCAGAACUACGACCCCGUUGAUCGGUUCACCGCGGAGUAAAACGAGACAGCGUGGCGUCUGCUCCAGUGAACAACCCAUCAGCCAACAACGCUACCGAGUGCUCGCUGGAUCGGGAUGACUGCGAGGGAAGUCACCCUAGCCGGCGGUUCUCCUUGGGGAUUCCGCAUGCAUGGUGGACAUGACCUGCAUCAACCCCUACGCAUAUCUAGGGUUAAUCCAGGGAGUAAAGCGGCUCAACAGGGAGUGAGAGAAGGCGAUUUAAUUAGCAGUAUUAAUGGAAGAAGCACUCGGGAUCUAACAAACAGUGAGGCGCACGCACUUUUACGGAAUGCUGGGGACCAAUUAAAGCUUGGUUUGAAUCAGGAAAAUAUUGGCUCUCCCAAACGACGAAUUUACAAAAGCAGUCUUCAGGAAAACACCACUACCGAAAUUCUCAGUAGAACAACGACGACGAAAAGCACAUCGAACACGCAGAUUGUAUCGACAGAGUCCAAGAAAAACGAAACGAAUGACACAAAAUCUGGUCGCAGCUACGUAAACCAAAACGGCGGUCCGAAGAGUUCCUCGAUCGAGCAACGAGACGAAAGCAAAUCAAGAUUCCACGAAUCCUCGGAGUACGCGACAGACGCAGAAGACAUUGACAUGCCACAAGGGUCGCGGAACCGCAGGAAUCGCAGGGGUCGAAACAAGAGGCGGUUCCAGCGGCCCGAAAAAUCUGUGAACGUGCCCGAGUCACAGCCGGAAGUCGUGGAAGCUCGCGAGGAUGCGUCAACGGACGAGAGACUAGAGAAAACGAUCGAAAUCGAGCCGGAGAAUGGCGAAACGACGUGCCCGCAGGAAACGGUGUCGAGAAGCUGGCGGGAGGAGAGGCAGAGAAUCGAAAAGGUGACCUUGAACUCGGACGUCAGGGUGUUCGAAGUGAAGACAAUUAGCAGCCUGCCUCUGUCAGCGACGAUCGAUCACAUUGCUGGUGUUGGUAUUUUGGAAGUUGGCGGGAAGGAUAGAUUGGAGGAUGCGGUGACGGUGUCGGAACCGUUCGAGCCGUUCUCAGUGAGACGGCGAAAGGACGAGAGGUUGCAGAUUCACGAUGUCAGUGACAGCGACGUGGAGACUGAUAGCGUCAGACCGGUGAUCGUGGAGGCGGAAACGGAUUCGGAGGAUCCGAAACGCACCUGGGACAGCGUGAUGCCCAAAGACGUGGAAAGGAAGCUGAGAAGCUUCAUUGAGAACCUGAAAUUGCCCUCACACACUGAGGAAGAGUCGUGUAAGCAGGAAAAGACGGGCUCGACGUACAAGAAAGUUCGGAAACGCGGGAAUUACGAGCACUACCAAGCGAACAGGUUUCUAGACAUCAUACAGGAGGAGGUGGAGAAGCUGUCGGAAGACGAGGAACAGCAUAUCAGGGACUUCAUUAACGAAGAGAUUGGCAAAUACCGGCGGGAGGAGCGUCGGACUAAUGGGAAACACUGGAACUUGGAGGAAGAAGAAGAGGACGAAGAAGACGGGGAAGAAUCGCAAAUUGCUAGCGGGACAAGGGAGCCCGCGGAGCCAGGUGUAUUAGAACCUCGGGAAACUGCUGAUGAGACGUUGAACGGCGACAUAGUUGCAUCGAGAAAAAUGGGAAAGAAUUUUAACGAACCGCUACGAUCGGAAAAAGAACACGAGUCCAUGGCAAAAUGGGAAAGUCACACCGUGACGAUCAAUGUAGUUGAUACGGACAGCGAAACGUCGGUUGACAAAACUGCUGAAGAGUCGCAUGUUGACAGUAAAGAAAACGAAGAAACGAGUGCAGCUAUAGUAAAUUGCGGGAAGAUUAACGAUGCGAGCCUGGAAAACGAAGAAGCGAGGUUGAAUAACACGGAGGAGAAGUUUAACGAGCAAUUAGAAUUGGAUGAAGUGGAGGCAUCGAGGAUCGAAGUCGAGAGGAAGGAACACAUUGUGGAAGUAAAUGUGAUUGCUGUGGAAAAUGAAGAAUCGAUCGAAAAACUUGUAGAAGUAUCAACUAUUAAUAACGUAACGAAUGAGGAUUUAAAGGUAAAGGAAUCGAACAGCGGAAAACGCACUGAUGAAGUCAAGGAAAACAAAGAAAUUGAGUUAAAUAGCAGCGAGGAAAAAUUGGACGAAAGAUUAGAGUUAAAAGAGCAGGAAGAAUCGAAUUCUCAAUUCGAACAAUCUAUGGAAGUGAGUGUAAUUGGCAUGGAAAAUGUAGAAUCAGUCGACGAAACGGCGAAGGCUGCGCCUACGAACGAAGACUUUCAAGCAGAUUUGGAAGCAACGGAUUCAGAGGAAGAAAAAUUGGAAGAUACGGAGCUUGGUUUGGGGGAAAAGAGUUUGCAAAAUGGUGAAAAGAUAGAACUUGAAGAAUUGAAGACGAAUAACGAAGAAGAUAUAGACGAACAAAUGAAAGUAGAAAAGAAGGAUGAAGUGAAAUCUGAGCCGAUUAAAAAAGUGGAUCUUAAUGAGGACGGAAAUAUGAUUGAAGUAGAAGACACAAAAUCGACUGACGAGAAGCUUGGCGAUGAGAAAAUGGUAGAAUCACAGUUAGUUGAUGAAAUAAAAGAUAAUGUACAAAUGGAAGUAUCAGAAUCGAAGGACACUAAUCAAGUAUGCACGGACACUAAUUUAUUGCAAAAUGAAUCUACAUUGAUACCGACGUCGGAAGCAACAUUCAACGAGGGAUUAAAAUGUAAUGAGCCAGAAUUAUCUGGCCCUGCCACUGCGGCAGGUGAUCAAUUAGCAACACAAUCGGAAAUAGAAUUAAACGAAGAAUUAAACUCGAAUAAUAAUCAAACUGUUUGUAACUGUGAAUCAAUAGAAGCAAAAGUAGAACCGUUAGUGUCACCGAUAUGUGAAAAUGAUAUCGCAGACAAGAUGUUGGAGUCUCCAUCACCUGUAGAGGUCGAUAAAUUGUCUUCGAUGGCUGAGAAAGAGGAAAAUUGCGAGUCCGAAUUGAACGAUUUGACAGUGACAAAGGAGCGACGACCCCCGACGCCGCCGAAGAGGUCGUCUAGCCUUUCGGACGUCGAUUUUCAGAACAAAUUUCGGAAUCCAUCGAUGCCUCCAGUUCGACGAACAAUUUCAGCGGACCCUCCACCUACUCGACCUCCUCUGCCAAAGGAGAGUCUGGCAAUCGGCGAGGCGCUGAGCAUCGUCAGAGGUUUAUUGACUGAUAUAUCGGACAGUGACGUGACCGUCGAGAAUAUUCACGACGUACUGAGCAAGGUGGACGCGUCUACGCUACCUAAGCAACUUCGCGAAAUCAUUGAUGAUCUAAGGGCCCGCGGGAUUCGAAAUUUCCAAAGUGACAGUACCACUACAUUGCGUAACUAUUUUGAAAGACUUGGCAAUGGAUUGAGUCCUGAAAUAACGCGUGACCGGUUACCCGAAAACUCGCGCGAAAAAUGGCUGUUGCACGAGUCGCCGACGAUACCUUGCGCCGAACGAGCAGCGAUGGCUGAAAAACCUGAAGAGAAUCACAUAGAGCGGUUGUCUAGCACGGAGAACGGGACCAGCGAAGCAAACGGUCCGCGGGACAGCGACGAAGAGUUCGAGGAAAUCUACAACAAUACGUGCGACCAACAAGCAGAAGUUCGAGACUCGUCCAGCAGUGCGACUUCUCUCAGCACGGUGAAGUACAAUCCCGCGGACGCCUGGCAGACGGACAUCUGCUCGAUAAUAGCCGAGGAAGCGCGGAAAAGUAGACAGAAGGACUUAGACUGCUCCACUUUGAAAAGCAAACUUUCUCUGCUGAAAGCUGACGAUUCAAACACUUUAAAUGGAAAGGACGUGUCUCCGGAACCAAUACCGUAUUCGCCCGUGGAGGACCUGUACUACGUCCCACUGGACUCGGGCGACGGUUCAGAUCGAAAGCCCUUGGCAAAUAGCUCCGCGCCAGAGUCCUUGAUCAACCUCUGCAUAAAAAGGCUGCUGUCGAUGCCCUAUGGCUUGCAAAUAAUCAACGAGAUAACAGUGCCCAAAUUUAACAUCUUUAAAAGCCUGCGCUCUAUCCCCAGUGUGCUCUCACCCGAGACGGCUAGACUAACACCUGAUCCGUGGAAACCUGCUGUUUCAGAGCCAAAGAAACUAGACUCGAUGGAUAAAGUCGUUUCAGAGAACUGGCUGGGCCUGUACACCGUAAAGGACCCCAGGCUUCUCGUCUGCCUAUCGCCGUCCCAGCAAAAGGCAGCGAUUAAGACUAGCCCGGAUAACUUGCUGAAUCUUCACGCGAAGUUCCUCAACAGGCACAGGUACUGCGAGAACGAGCCGCCCCAUGUCGCUGUCCCGAAGUACAGGAUCGAGGUGAAGAAGCCUGAAACGGCUGAUAGGCCGACUAGGCUGCUAGAGAUUCUGAAGGAGAACUCGAACCAGCCGAGAGGGACGGUCGAGGACCGUUCGAAGCGGUCGGAGUGCGACAGAAGUCAGCGUCUGAAGGUCACCCAGCUUCGCGACUGGCUGAACCUAGCACGGCGCGAUAUCUCUAGCCAUGCUUCCCUCUCCGACGAUUUGCUCAUAGAACCGUCGGGUGAGGGAGUCCAGACCGAUAAGCGCGAUAUCAGUCGGCCGAAUACAACGAAAGUGAACAGUCUCAACUUGAAUUCGCCAGAAAGAAGCUCGUCGCCAUUCCGGCGAAGUCCCAUUACAUUGAAUAGCGCGAUCAUAGACAAAACGCCCGGCAUGCCGGACACCGGCGGGAAGAAGACACAUCGCAGACCUGUAGAGCCGCGUCACGGCAUCAACCCGGCGCUGAUCGACGACAGGGUGGUGCCACCGGCGCCGGUAAAGCGCGUGGUGAAUGUCGACAGGUCCUGCAUCGACACGACCAGCAUCUUCGACCAGAGUCCGGCCAGGAAUCACCUGGAGCCAAGGAAAUACAAAGUCGACGAUGAUCUAAAACACGAGACUGCUGCGGAGAUCCUGGAGAGCUUGAAGAAGCUUCAGGCGGAGGAUUCCAACAAGCCUUACUUGUCUCGAGACUAUUUGGUACAGCAGUUGAGGUACAUAGAACUGUUGGAGAAUCAGCUGAAGAACGUUAUAUUGGCCGAGGAGGAGGAGAAGGAAGCGUUCGAGGACUUUGAGACGUUGAAGAAGGCACAAGAGAAUCGCGGUGCCUCGAAAGAUGGCGGUGAUGAGACCCAAAGUGAAAGUCGAUGUGGAAGGGACACAGAGAAAAAUGGUUCAGAGAUGAUCGACAAGCGCGAACAGAGAGACUCGACGAAAACGGUUCUUCAGAGAGAUGGAUUUCGCGAGGAGGAGUCCAGCGAGAAGAUCGAAAGCUUGCUGGUUACCAGGAAAGAGAACAGAGGCAGCGAUACGAAGAAUGAAACUCGGAAGAGUAGCAAGCAGGUGCAAGAGAAUCGCGGUGCCUCGAAAGAUGGCGGUGAUAAGACUCAAAAGGAAAGUCGAUUUGGAAAGGACGCAGAGAAAGAUGACUCAGAGGUGAUCGACAAGCGUGAACAGAGAGAUUCGACAAAGAAGGUUCUUCAGGGAGACGGAUUUCGCGAAGAGGAGUCCAGCGAGCAGAUCGAAAGCUUGCUGGUUACCAGGAAAGAGAACAGAGGCAGCGAUACGAACAAUGAAACUUGGAAGAACAGCAAGAAGAUGCAGGAGAAUCGCGGUGCCUCGAAAGAUGACGGUGAUAAGACUCGAAGUGAAAGUCGAUGUAGAAAAGACGCAAAGAAAGGUGACUCGGAGGUGAUCGACAAGCAUGAACAGAGAGACUCGACGAAAAAGGUCCUUCAGGGAGACGGAUUUCGCGAGGAGGAGUCCAGCGAGCAGAUCGAAAGCUUCCUGGUUACCAGGAAAGAAAACAGAGGCAGCGAAACGAAGAAUGAAACUCGGAAGAGCAGCAAGGUCGAAAACUCGGAGUCCUUCCGCCAGCAAAUGUACGAGGAGUACGUGCACAAGGUUCUCGAGAGAGAAGAGAGAAAGCUUCACAAGGUGGUCAAAAUAAGCACCCACGAGGACAUUCAAAGGUCCAAUGAUAAAUUGGGAAAGAACGGUACCAACGUCGAGAACGAAUUCAUUGAGAAGGCAAGGAACAGGCUGAACAAGUUUGGCAUCCACCUGGACGAGAGCGAACCGGAAGUCGAGAAUGAUUCUGAGACGGAAAAGCAAGUUAAGAAGAAGUGUCUAAUCGAUGGCAAGGAAUUCGAGGACGCGGGAAAAUUGCCGAAGCAUCUGCAAGAGUUCCUCAAGAUGUCCGACGACGUUCAGAGAAGUGGUUAUGGCAAUGAAAGCGAUCUGUUGCACGAGAUUGACAGUGCUUUGAAAAUCGGCCGAGGAUUUCUUUUUGGUAAAGAGAACGUUAUGUUCGCUCCUACUUUUAAAGCUUCGUCCGCGACACCAGGCGUUUGGUCGCCUGGAAGCGAACCACCACCACCACCAUCAAAGGAACGAAGUCCCGAACGAAAAGAGUCCGAAAAGGAUACUGGAAUCCCUCCAGUCUGGACACCAUCCAGCGCUAAUUCCAGUCCUGUUCCAGAAAAGAAAGAAUUUCGGCCAGUGCAGUUCCAAAGCCCCAUCCUAAGUCGCAAAAAGUUGAUACAACAGGAAGAAGAGGAAGCACCGCCACCUUGGAAAAAAGAAGGGAUAAAGGAAACAAUAGAAACUAGUUACGACAGCAGUAGCUCACGAAUCGUUAAUUCUCACUCAGCCCCGUCGCAAGGAUUCAAUUCUCUGGUUUCGACGCCUCGUUUGCCCCGUGCUCAGAAUCCGACAAUCACACUGUUGCAGAAAGCUCGAGAGGGACAAUUACCAAAAGGAGCAGCCUAUCUGGAGGAAACUGAAACCUUGAAGCGUCCAUCGAGCGACGAGAAGCCGCUGAUCAGUCCCGGUGAAAUAAUCUACAACGUGAAGAAAGAGUACGAGAGCGAGCCGGAAACGGAAAACGAACCGCCGAAGAAGAUGGCCGAUUUGGGUCCUCGAAAAUUUGAGGGUAUCGGCCCAACAACUAAGGAGGGUAUCCCUCUUGUGUUAAGAUCGGAAGUGAAGGAGAAUAACCAAACGAAAUGGUACAAGAAAAUGUACGACUCGUUGCACCGCGCGGACAGAAACGAUGAUUACGUAACCAUUCGUUACAAACCAAGAAGAGGAACCAGGUACGGUUACGGAAGUGGUUAUUUAAGUGAACCGGAACAUCGCUUGUAUACGGAGCGUUCUGCAACGAUUGACAGCCACCGACGUCUGCGCAACAAAGAAAAUGACUUCUCCACAUCUACUAUGCCCAGAAAAAAUGGAACGUUGAAGUACAGUACAGACAUUUACAAGAAUCAACCAGGUCGAAUCGAGGACUACGAACCAGGACGAUCAUCCAUUGCCGAAAAGGAAGCCAAGGAGUGGUGGGACGAGGUCAUGGACAUAUUUGACGGGUGGUUGAACGAGAAUGGACAUCCUCAGGGUACGGAGUUGGAGGACAUUCGGAACGGGCAGCUGAUCUAUCGCGAUUUGUCGAAUAAUUUCGUUUCUCUCUUUUGUUUCCAGCCGUUCGAUCAACGUGACAAUCGUCCAGUGAAACCGUACAUGACACAUGCUCUCAAAGAGUCCGGCUACGAAAGUGACUCGACGCUUGUGUUUCGUCGGAAAGAGGAUAUCAAUCCUCUCAGUCAAUUUGAGCAGAAAUUGGCUUACAAAACUGUGCAAAGUGGCGGAGACGUUCCUCUCCAUGGACUCCGGAAACCAGCCCCGGAACGACCAAAGGACAACUCAGCCGUCGAAUAUUUUCCCGUUUCGGCCACACUGACGCGUAUUCGUGUACACCGGAAAUCAACAACUACAUCGACGAACACUAUCAAACGGACCUCUGUCCUGCAGAGUUCGACGAAAAAAAUGAAUGGCUCCCGAGCUUCGUUGAGACCGCCAUCUCCGCCUCGAAGACAGUCUUCCCGAAACAACAAGACUCUAAAGAUGUACACCAAGCAACAGCUGAAAGACACGUGUCAAUCUCUGAGGUCCAGACACAAGCAAUGCUUCUCGGUUGACAAGGUGUCCAAUGUUUCUUCGAGUUUAGACAGGUGCAAACGGAGUCGUGAGAAUGUGCAUAGUCCUACCUUCAGCACUCCGGGAUCGAAAUUUGUUGGAACGAAGAAAUCUGAAGUCUGCUCGAAAAACGACAGCACUAAGACGCGUUUGUCAAACAGGAGGCUGGUCAAAUUUGGAGAGUCGACCGAAAAGGUUUCUUCAGUUGGUAGAAAUUUAGUUGCACAUACUUCGAAGAACCCGUAUGACAAAUCUCCGAAGACAGCAGUGUUGUCCAGGUGUCAAAAGGCUGUUAAGAAAACGAUCGAAGCGCCUUCGACUACGAAGUCAUCAACAGUGUCACCGUUGAAGCCAUCUUCAGCAGUCUUGAUAGACCUCAAGAGGUCUCGACCAGUAAUCAGACAGCCCCCUAAAUUUGUCUCGAGCAAAGAAUGCUUGCGUUCUGUGACGUCGUCGUCUUCCGAAACAAUCAGCGAAGUGAGUAAACGGAAGAGACCUCUCGAGAAACCCCAAACUAUCGUCAGAUCGACCGUACGCAAGCCCGAAACGAUUCAAGUGAGUCCGAACAAGAAAAAACUUGAAACGAAGAAGAAGAAAGAUAAAAAGUUAACGAAUUUAGAAGCAAAGAGUCUAAAGAAAGAGAACAUUGAGAACAUGGAGCCCAAUAUAAGACAGAACGUGUCAAAGGAUAGGUUCUUCCAGGAUCUGUUCCUUAGGUCAAUCCCUCCGACAGAAACCGUUGCUAGGAGAUCUAUAGUUCAGGAACGUGCUAGAAUCUACCAGGAGAAUGCCAAGGAGACUUACAAAUCGGAACCAACACUGAAACCUCUGAGCAUUUAUCUAACUAACAAACGUUCAGUGUCGAACUCGAGGUUCAAGAAUUGGGAGAGUAGCUCUUCCAUCAGUAGUAAGCAUGACGACUUCGGAUCAUCUACCAAUUUGAGGAAUCAGAGUCCGGAUCCGGUGAAGAUCAAGGAGAGGAGCUUAAGCGAGCCUCCACUAAAGCCAGUAGAAUCCGACGAAUCCUCCUCGGUGAUCAGAUCAGCUGCCUGUAGACGUCUGCGGAGCUUGAAACACGACAAGCCCGACAUUCCCAGAGCCAGAAGCGCGGAAGGUUACCAGGAAAGAUCGACGUUGGGAUCAAAUUCUUCACUGACAAGGAGCACGAUGAGUUUGUCACCGGCUGACCGCGAGGAUUAUCAUCAGUACAUUCUAGGAUUGUUGCAUGGAAGGAAAAAGUCUGAGAGGUAUAAAGAACUGCACGACUUUUAUUCCAGUCUGGAACGACUCGGCGAACUGGAGAGGACUUUCUCUUCCAGUGACUUAGCAAGAAUGAAGAGCGAGGAUGUCAUAGAUUACGAUCAUUGGAAGAAGGUUAGGUCGCAAGAGAAGGCCGAAAUCGAAAUGAACAAGUUGUAUGGAAAAUUGAAAGCUGUUCAAAGAGAUAAGGACUUUCUGUUUAGCACUAAAGAUCUGGACAAGCUGAAAUGGAAGGGUGACUGGGGUCUGAAAUUCAAGGAACGCUCCGUGGAAGACAUAUUGCAGAAAUUGAAGAAGUUGCAAACUGAUGAGUCGGAGACCUCGAGGAAGAAAGAAAGUCUAGACUCGUACAAACCCCUCUGGAGGGGCAGGUCAGUGAUCAACGUUGCGAGCACGAUGCAGCAGAAGGCGAACGACGAACAAAGAAGCAAAUUGGAUCAUCUGCAGAGGAAUCUCGGAGGCAGUAACAAAUUCUGGAGUAGCUUGUCGAUCGAACAAGUGGCUACCUUGAAAAAACAACUAAAUGAAAUCUAUGGCAGCGACCAACAGAAACCUACACCCAGUAAGGUGGAUCACGACGUCCUCGAUGCACCGGAUCCUCUUUUAAAAUACGAAAUCGUGGUACCGGACCACGGUUCUCGAAACGAAGCAAACGGACUACACGUACGCUGUCACUCAAUGAUCGCAUCCGACCCAGGUCCGAGCGACCGCAAAUCGUCUUCCAGUUGUCCAGAAUCCCGAAGAAUUCCGGAAGAGCUGCGUGGCACUGCGGCGAGCCAAUCAAUCAUGACCGAGUCAGAGAAGAAGAGACUUUCGGUUACCCUUGGAAAGGAAGUCUUGGACAGAGUGUCCCAGAGAAGGCUCUCAGUGGCGUUGACACCCAAGGAGACUCGCGGUAACGUAGCCUCUAUAUUAGCUACGCAGAAGAUGCCUAAGGAGUCUGGCUCACCCAGCGUCAUAAACACGUCACCCAGAAGUUGCUAUUCCCUUGAAGCUGAAGGCUCCUCGAAAUCGAAGAACGACUUCCUCCUGGUCCUAACGCCUAACAAUAGAAGUCCAGCUGAUAGGCAGCGAGUGGAGAACGUCCUUGAGGAAUGGUCGAAGAAGCCACCCUUGUUAGCGAUCACGUUACCACAGAGCAACGGUCAAGCAAAGACAGCAAACUCGAGCAGCGAACUGGACAGCACUACAGGAAGCUCCGAUACCUCCGUGAAAACAGUGAUCCAGAAGCCUAUCGCGCCGGAAGAAGUACCAAAGAAAAUCGAAUUCUUUGAAAACGUGAAAGCAGAGACCAGUCCUCGAAGAGUGAAGCCAGCCAGAUUGUCCUCGUCCCAGAGCUUUGCUGAUUUGAAGGAGUUGUUCGGCGAAAUCGAAUCGGCCAGGUUUGCAACAUUGCCCGGGAAGAGGACAGGAAGUAAAACGGGAGAGCUGAAUGCCGUCACGCGACAGUUUCAUUGCCCACGAGACCGUGAACGUGACAGGCCACGCAGCGUCAGUCCAUAUCGCGCUACCACGCGGUCCAAUUCGUCCUGCAGUCUCGAGAGCAUCUAUCAGCGAUGUUACUCGCCGGACCCGGGCAAGUAUUGGCGGGCCUACCAGAAGCUGAUUAAGAACGGGACCGUGAAGAAGCUCCGAGUGAAGUUCGAGAGCGCUGAAGACAUCUCCAGCGGCAAGGUUCAGCCUCCGAAGAGGUUCCGCAGCGAUCCUGAAUUAGCGCGGAGUCUGCUGAGCAAAGUGGAUCAGUGUAGAACGUCGAGGGCUCGCGAGUUGACAGACGUGGCUUGGCUGAGGCGGAAGUAUGAAGCUAAGAGAGGCAGGAGAGGUGAGUCGCCGCCUAUUCCACGCGUUCCGUUGAAGAAAGAGGACUUGUCGAUGCCUCACAUCGAUGUCAUCAGCAAGACAGCCGAGCUGAAGGACACGUUGGGUCCGCAAGCUGUCAUAAAUGGCCUGGUCAGGAAGGCAGAGACGGAAGAGCUGGAAGCAAGGAAGCCGGUCGGUCGCAUGAGGAAGAAGUUCGAAGAGUUCGGCCAGAAAACUUCGCUCCUGGGCGAGAUGUUCACCUCGUCGCCGGACGUGCACGAGUUGAGAGACAUAGCUCCAUAUCUGGCUGGCCGUUGGGUGGCGCACAGGUAUCCCAGUCGAAAAGAUAACAUGCGCUCGCUAUCCUCGCCACCUGACCUCGCUGGAAGACAAUCCCCCUCGCAGAGCAGUGGUCGCUCGAACGUGAAGAAGACAGAGAUCAAUGAGGAGAAGAAGAUGGGCAGAUUGCGGACUGCUUCGACCAAGGAGCCGCCGAAUCAACAGUUUGAUCCUGACAAGCACAGGCCCAGGUUUAGGUACCAACCUCCUCCGCCGACAUCCUCGGGUCCACUGCGUCAGAAACACAGUUGGUGCUCGCCGAUUCCAAUCUACACCGCUCGACCCACUGUUACUUUCGAAGAAUACUCGAACGCACCCCCGCCGCCACCAAAAUCUCAACAUCACAGAGACGACUGCCAAGAAUCACCGAGGCGUUACGUGGAGGGCGAGGUGACGAUUCACUACCGUUCGCCAGUGCGUACAGAGGCGAAAGAGCCAUUGAGCGAGGAAGAGCUCACUCGCCGGAGUGCAGAGAAUAUGCGACGCGUGUAUCAAGAAGAACGUCGUCGCAAGUAUCUCCAAGAACUGCACGAUAUUGAUUCACGACGGCACACUGACAACUUCAUACCAUCCCAGAAGUCACCGAUUCCACUGAACCGUUACGACGACUUUGUUGACGAUCUCAGCCACAGAAGCAGAUCCCAGGAGCAAACACCGGAACCGCGACUCGUAGCGAGAGCACUUUACAACUUUAUCGGGCAAUCUUCGAGAGAAUUGAAUUUCCGUCGCGGUGACAUAAUAUUUGUGCGUCGCCAGGUAGACAAGAACUGGUACGAAGGAGAACAUAAUGCCAUGAUCGGAUUGUUUCCGUCAAAUUAUGUUGAGAUUUUACCAUAUGAUGGCAUGCGAACCACGCCAAAGAAACCCUACGAGGGACAGGCACGCGCUAAGUUCAAUUUCGUUGCUCAGACGAAUCUCGAACUGUCGCUCGCUAAAGGUGAAAUCGUCGUCUUGACAAGAAGAGUCGACGAAAACUGGUACGAGGGACGAAUUGGAACUCGAAAAGGGAUAUUUCCUAUAUCUUACGUGGAAGUUCUAACAGAGCCAGGUCUCAGAUCAGAAACACCGACACAGAGCAAGCCAGUUGCUUCUCCAGCGGCGCACAGCCUCUUAGCAAAUGGAUCAGCCGGAGGAAAAAUGAGUAUGGGACCUCAUCAUUACAUGCCGUCCAUACCGGUUAAUAUAAACACAACCCAGCCCCAUUACAAUUCACUGCCACGUAUGGGAGGGAGUAAAUUGCAUGUCACGCAACUCAACGAAACAUUGCAUAUCAACACACACUCUGAGCAGAUACCAUAUCGAGCCCUCUAUCCUUACAGACCUCAAAACGAGGACGAACUCGAAUUGAAGGAGGGAGACACGGUGUACGUGAUGGAAAAGUGCGACGACGGUUGGUACGUCGGCUCAAGCCAGAGGACCGGUUACUUCGGAACUUUCCCGGGCAACUACGUGGAGAGAUUGUGAGGAAGGACAUCGAGCCGCGAUUAUCGAACUAAAAGUUACUUCUACCAAAGCACUAAAUCGUUAGUAUAGACGAGUCUUCAUCGUUCACGCGUCGACGACAAGGGACAAAGAAACAGUCUUCCUUCUAACCAAUCACGACGUCGGCAUGUUGCCGACCGGCAACGAUUGUCGUCGAUUUUACCAAAAACCUUAACGUAAAGUUACCUAAUGUGUAAGUAGUGUAUGAUAACGAUUAUAUAGUUAUUUAUUAUACCAUUCACGAGGGCGAAGUCUGGCGGACGUUGUACGAUAUAUCGGAAUUAAAAGAAAAAAAAAAACAAGAAAAAAGAAAAAAAAACAGAAACGAGUAAUAUUCGGCGAUUGAUGGUAAUUAAAGGAAUCGAGUCGUUAAGUAAUUCGUGGAACAACUGUUCAAAGGUAUGGUACUUCAACCUGUGGACGCUUGAGGUUUAAAACUUCCGUGGAUGAUUCUAGAACAUUGGUCUUCUUUUAAUUGUAAUAUAGGACGAGAAAUGUUUUAUCGAGAUUGGUACGGAUCCAGAUUUUUCUUAGACGAAUAGAGGAGCGAAUAGUUCGGGGAACGCGUUUCCUUCUGUGUUUGGUAUCGUAGACAAAAACAGCCAUGCUAUUGUUAUAUUCAUCAGUAUCGGUAAGGAAUUUCUAAUUGAAAGUUUGCCUUCCCAAAUUAAUAUUUUUGUAAAGAUUAUUUGUACCCAGAGUUAUAUAUGAAUUAUAUAAUGUAUAGAAGGUUUACAUAUACAUACGAUAUAGUUACAAUGUUAAUAGAAAACUAUUACUAUAAAUAUCAUUAACGACGUAAUUACCUAAUUGCACGUGUUAAAGUGCACAACAUAAUCAGACUACGUUUAAGACUUUCGCCGAUAUCGCAAUUAUAUAUCAUAGUGUCAUCGGAAAGAUUGCGUUGCAUCGACAAUUUUUCGAAAAUUAUAAACGUUUCGCCAGGACGAUACACCGACAGCCUAUUCUCAUGACUAGGAAUGAAACUAAUGUGGAUCCACUCGGAAAACAGACAAUACUUACUAAUAUCGUAACUUUGUAGAGCAACAAAAAUGAUAAUGAAAUGAGAAAUGAAAACGAACACGUAGCGAGGGCAUUAAUUCAACGAAUUGCGGCUAAUAAUCAUUUUAACUAUAAUUUUGGAUCGAAUACCCAUGUCUAUGCUGGUGUGUUUCAGAAUUCUAGGCACAGAGUGAACCGAUUUGUGAAUCUCUUAAAAAAGGAAUAAAGAAAAUUUUAAUAAG